GAAGUGUUGCCCGGACCAACAUGGCGGCCACGUCGCUAGUGGAAGUGACGUAUUUCCGCUCUUGAGUGGCGCUCCAUUCGCCACAUGUCUGCAGCCAGACUCUCUCGGGGGGUGCUGUCGAAGUGAAUGUCAGGUUUGAAAUACCUGCAGCAUGGCGUGUGCACAGCAAUCUGCUACCGAGUACCUCAAAAACGCCAGGAAAAACCUGGUGACUCAUAUGAAAAACUUUCCUCUGAUCAUUGAGAAUCUUUAUCAGAAGAAUGUUUUCAAUGAUCAUGAGGUUGAUGCCCUCAAAGCUGAGAGGACAGAGUUUGAUAAAGCCAGAUGUAUAUUGGAUUGGGUCAUUAAUAAAGGUGAAAUGGCCAGUUAUGAAUUACUCAGGAUUCUGGAUGUCACCAAGAAGAGGACAUUAGAUCCUGGUUUACACUAUUGGAUCAGCUGUUUUUCCUUCAGAGUGGAAGAUACAGAGGACAGCUAUUUAUUUGGUGCAAAGCCCUGUAAAAGCUACCAGACACAGCUCAAGAUGAAAGCAAAAAGUAUCCUGAAGGACCAAAAGGAACAUAGCUGUAAAUAUCUGGAUGACAAUGUACAUGUAAACUUCAGUUUUAUACCUCUUGUUUUAGAGAGAAACUCUGUGGCGAAAACUCCUCAAUGCAAAAUAAAAUCAAAAAACAAAAAAUGCAAAAAGCUGCGACCCAAGAAGCUGAGAGCUUACAUUCCUAAUGAGGAACAAGCAUUAUCACCUGUGGAUCUCCUGAAAUGGCAGGAUAAGAAUAUCCUCAUCAUUGGCAAACCUGGAGUAGGAAAGACUACAGUUGUCCAGGAAAUGUUGCGCCUGUGGUCAGAGAAAGAUGGCAGAGAAAUAGACUACAUGUUUUACUUUGAUGAAAGUGUUUUGGCCCACAGUUCUAAUAUUGCCAGUUUGCAGUCUAUUUUGUUUGAUGUGUAUUUAAAACCCAUGGAAAAUGACAGAAUGGAUGUUUUUAAAGAUAUUGAGGAAAACUCUGAGAAUGUUGUUCUUAUAUUGGAUGGAGUGACGGAUUUUGGAAAACAUUCCAUUUUGUGGAAGAUCAUGAACCACGAGCUCCUGCCCGAUGCCAAGAUUGUGAUAACAUGCAGAUCAGAGGUGGAAUAUGAACCACUUUUCCGCAAAUGGCCAACACAGAAAGUGUAUGUCCAAGGGUUUAGUAAAGAGUCUAUCAACACUUACUACCAUACUAUGUUGGGUCAUGAUCCUGUUCUUCUAGAAGUUGUUUUGAAGAAUCAAGAGCUGUUCAGUCUUAGUCAUGUUCCAUUGUAUGCAUCCAUGAUUGUAGACUUAAUGCAAUUUAAAAAUGGCACAGUAUGCGACCAUCCACACACAGUCACAGAGAUGUACAUCCACAUUUUCCGUGCUGCCGUGAAGAAACAAAUUCAGCAAAUAGAUAAAUACCUGAAAGAAAUCAAAGAUCAGGUUUAUUACUUGAUGGAAAACGCAUUCAAUGCAACUAUGCAGAAAACCCUAAAUGUUAUUAGCUGUGAUGAGACAGACAUUUCUCGUGCUUUUUUGAAAAUGAUAACAAUAAGAGACUCACCAACAUCUGCAAUGACAUACUGUGCGUUUCUCCACAACACAAUGCAGGAAUUCUUUUCAGCUUUGUGGCUUCUUGGACAUCCAGAUGAAAUUGAGAAAGUCCUACAGCUCUGUCAGACUGAGGAGCAUAAACACAUGAGACAUGUUCUUCCUUUCUUAUGUGGACUUCUGAGUGAACACAACAUCAGACUCCUCAAGUGUCUAUUCCCAGAGGAUCAGAUAAAGAAAACAUCUGAUUGGUUCAUUGAGAAGCUUUUAUACACUUUUCUCCAGCCUCAGAGUGAAGAGAGUGAAGACAGUGAAGAGUUUGAUCUUCUCUUUGUGAGUCAGUGCUUGUAUGAGCUCCAGUCUCCUAAAGCCUGCUUAAUGUUCCUGGAGAAGAUGGACCAUCAGCUUGAACCAGAAGAGGAUCUUGAUCCUCAUCAGUGUUGUGCUUUGUCUUAUGUGAUCGCUCAAUCCAGAGAUAAAGAGGUUUAUCUGAAUCUGGAAGACUGUACCAUAGCUGAUGUGGGAAUGUAA